UUAUGUCUGUUAAAAUGAACGUUACAUGUCUGUUACAAUGAACGUUCCAUGUCUGUUACAAUGAACGUAGCAGAAAUGAGAAAAACAACAUUUGGGUCGUUGGCACUCUCUGGCGUUCAUUACAUUCAGAUGGCGAGAGAUGGUGCCAUGUAGUGAACGCCUCUGUGAUCAUCAUACAGUGAAAGCCUGAGCGAACGUCAUACAGUGAACGCCGUAUAACGAACGCCAUACAAAGAUCGCUAUGAAGUGAAAGAAAGUGUAAAUUCUACAUAGUGAACGCCUGAGUUAGCAGUAUAAAGUGAACGACACUAUAACAGUGAAUAACAGUGAACACAUAAGUCGGAAACCAUUGGGUGAACGCCAAGCAGUGAACGUCAGAGUGAACAUUAUGCAGUGAACGCCAAAUAGUGAAAGUCGGAGUGAACAUUAUACAGUGAACGCCAAGCAGUGAACGUAAGAGUGAACACUAUAUAAUGAACGCCAAGCAGCAAACGUAAGAGUCAACACUUUGCAAUGAACGGCAAGCAGUAAACGUCUUAGCGUAAAUUAUAUAGCGAACGCCCGAGUAAGCGUGAAAACACUAGUAAGCACAUUUAGUGAACGAAAGAAAACCCAAUGCGGUGAACGCAAGAGAACGCCGUACAGUGAACGCAAGAGAACGUCAGGUGUGUCGAGAAGAUGACCACGUGGCCCUUCAUCUUCUGCCUCACGUUCACCACUCUGGUCCCACUGGGUGGUGUUGGUGGGGUGCGCAUUACCAGGCUGGAAGUACCAGCUGAGGCCCUGGUAGAUGACGAGGUACAUCUACGCUGUGACUACGAGGAUGAGGGCGGCUCUUCCUUGUACACUCUGAAAUGGUACAAGGAUGGCAGGGAGUUCUACCGUCACCAACCCGGCCUGUCCUCUCAGACAGCUGAUGACCGCUGUCACAACACCUAUCCCGUAGACGGCGUCAACCUUGACUGUUGGGUGUCGACGGAGAGGGAGGUGGUGUUACAGAGAGUGUCGACCACCACCUCAGGAGAGUAUCUCUGUGAGGUCAUCGGCGAACAUCCCAAGUUCCGCAAGGUGGUACGCAAGGCCCACCUCCACGUCUUUUCUGAGUCCUUGCAUCGGCCAGUCAUCUCUGGGGUACAGGAGACCUACCGUCCCUUGGAUGUGGUCUCCCUCAACUGCACAUCCGCCAACACACAGUACCUGCCUUCUCUUUCCUGGCUCCUCAACGACAGACCAGCACCUCCAAGUUACGUGGUGAAGUACCAAGACAAACGAACUGUGGGACUGAGGUUCCUGGCCCGACCAGACCUCUUCCAGGAAGGCGUCAUCCGUGUCACCUGCGCCACUACCCUGGGCAGCCACCACAAGAGGGAUACGCAAGUCACUCUUCCCAACACUGACUACUUGAGUGCACAAGAGUACUACUAUAACGCAGGUAGCAGUGAAUUGUGCACGCGUCUACAUACUAUUGUAGAUUUGUUUACACCUACAGUUUUAGUUAUAGGCUUGAUUAAAUAGUUGAAGUAUCAUAUAGAAGGGGGUGAAAAUUGAGUUUGGAUUAUAUAAACCGGGAUGGAUAGUUUCUCAGGAUUUAAUUUGAUAAUAAUGUUGGUAGAAUUACCUACAACAUGUUGGGUUA